AUGUUGAAUGCUUUAAGAAGGCCGCCGAUCUAUCUCGAGCCGAAUUUCUCGAUCGCAUUCAGCCACUUACUUAGCAGAUCGCGAGUGGAAGGAGCUUACCACUACGAACAUCGUAGAUCGCCGAAGUCACAAGAGGAAAUCGACCCAAUAUUCGACGACAUGUAUUACAAUGCGGGAUCUGUACCUUUCAGCCCUCAAGGAGGCCCACGACACCGCUUGCUGAGGAAAGAAAUGCCCCCGGUGGAGAGUGACGGUCCUGAUGAUACCAAUGAACGGAGUAUGUUCGAGGAGCAUCUUCCCAACGAUGCGGCUGAGGAGAAGUUGAACGAUAGAGAUCAUCUGAGCAAGAUGCUGGAAAUGUGGUGCACCGACAAGGUAAUGCCUCUUCCAAACUUUCCCCCUGCCUUCUUACCGUCUUCGUCCCCCGAGCAACCGGUAUUGCCAUAA